AUGAGUACAGAUAACAGUAGGAUUAUAUUUUUUAUUAUAAUCCUUCUAUUCUUCCUUUCUUCACCGAGUGGCGAUGGUGUUACAUCACAGUAUGAAUUUAUUCAGCUAGAGACAUUAAAGUCGCAACUCAAAUACGAGUAUGAAGUAUUCCGUGAACUAUCGUACGACCAAAACUUCAGAAAUAUAACGGGGCUCAAGCUUGCGUACCAUGACUCAAAGGAAAAUCCCAACUUGAACGCUACCUAUCCACUUCCACACAAGGAUUACUCUUCUUGGAAACCUAACGAGAAUUAUAUGAUGUUACCUCAAGAUAUUAUAGACAAAGUUCAGGAUAAUAUAUGGAACAGAAAACAAACUUUAUUUCCUCCCAACAUUACCAGUAAUUUAUAUGGUAAAAUCAAUCUCACAGAUAACAAUAAAUACACCAAGAUUAAGAUGCCUAUUGCCAAUUUUUUCGAUCCUCCAGAAUCCUUCCAGGACGAAAAGCCAGCAGAUGGUGAACAUUAUUUGGCAGUUGAUGAAAGGGGUGAUGCUGGCAACCAUGGAGAACUACACAAUGUUUCUUGGAGUUAUGGGAUAGUUGAUGUCAGUAUCCAACAUUUGGAUUCUGUUGAGAACUCGUUGAGUUUGUCACCAGCUUCCAUUUCAACGGGGGAAUCACAGCUUGGAGAAGAUGACAGCCAUUGGAAGAUUUUACAUUUGAACGUCAACUUUUACAACAGAGAGGAGACAGAGAAGCAUUCGUUAUCUACUAAAGGUAUCUAUGACAUAUGGACUGGGAGAAUUUUAAUAAUGUCUCAAAGUGCUAAGUUCCAUUCUCUUUUCGCCUUCCCCCAUUACUUGGCUAACACUGAGAAAGAGUUCAAUCAAGUAAAAAGAUUGAUCGAAAAGUAUUGGAAUGCAACUAACUAUGCUGAAUCAUUAACCAUGGCCAAUCUACAGCAUCUUUCAGAUGAGGCUAACACGAAGUGUGAAUAUUUCGGGUUUUUACAACUAGAACCAUGGGAUCAAUUUACCCCAGACCAAAUCAGAAUGAUAGAUGAAGAAUUGAAAUGGCCAUUGGGCAGACCAAUUAAUAGAUCCAAUUUACCGCCUAUCCGAUUGCAUAAUGCUCUUCUCUAUUCACCUGAUUGUGGCUUGUCUUUGGAACUAGAGGAUGUCCAUGGACCGAGAUAUGAAUUGCAGGUUAGAACAAUCAGAAUUCAUUUACUAUUAGGUGUUUUGCUUUUCUUAGGGCAGAUAUAUCUUUUGUUAUGUCAAAUGAAUUUCACCAAUACUCCAAGUUCAGUCAACAAAAUCUCAUAUUGGUGCUUAUUCAUGAUGAAUCUAGUGGAUGGAUGCUUGGCUAUGUUAUACUUCCUUGCAUCUCCGCUACUUCAAGAGCUUUAUUUGCCCUUGUGUAUCAGCGCAUUUGCAUGCUUUAUUUUAGCGAGUGUUUUCGAAAUUCGGUAUAUGAUCUCGGUUUACGCUUCUCAAGUCAAUGAACAAGGUGUGGGUAUUUUGACGCUACUUCGGGGGGGUUCUGAAGCAAAUACCGUUGUAAACCGAGUCAUACCAGACGAAGCAUCCAUCAGCAGCUCGUUAUAUGGUAGAUUUUUUUUCACUUUGAUUGUCUCGAUAUUUAUUCUACUUUCCUCAUUAAUAUGGCCCAAGGAAAUAAGAACUAUAUUUGAAUAUAGUGUACUUGUUGUACUCAACUCUUACUGGGUUCCACAAAUAUGCAGGAACGCUGUUAAGGGAAGCGAUCCACGUCGCCGCCGCCAAAACGGAUACCAAUCACUCCAAAACGGUGAUACCAAUUGCAUCCCUUUGCUUUGGUCUUUCAUUAUCGGAACAUCUGUACUUAGACUUAUUCCAAUAGUCUACGUGUUUACAUACCCUUCCAAUGUUUUCCGUCAUGAUAUAGAUGUUCGAUUUGCUGUUCUACUUUCACUUUGGAUGCUUUUCCAACUUCUCAUCCUAUAUUCCCAAGAUCUCCUUGGAUCGAGAUGGUUCCUACCACAGCAUGUGAUACCUGAUGGAUACCAUUAUCACAGACCAGUACCACAAUCUAUUUUAAUGGAAUAUGGUUCACAAAACAAUUGCUUUGUGUGUCCAAUUUGUAUGGUUGAUGUUCCUGUUUACGUAGAAGAGACUGAAGAAACGCAUAAGAUUGAUGCCCAGAGUUACAUGAUAACACCAUGUUCACACAUCUUCCACACCGAAUGUUUAGAGAAUUGGAUGAGUUAUAAGCUUCAGUGUCCUGUUUGUAGAGCACCUUUACCACCACUUUAG